GUUAUAUCAAUAGAAAUUCUAAAAUUAAUUUAUAUAAUGAUUCCAAUAGUUAGAUCUUGAAUUAUACACUGAAUUAAAUAGGUUUAUUGAUUUUUAGAUCCCCCAUUAGUUGAUGUUAAAAACCAUCAAAAUAAUGAAUAAAUAUGUAAUAUAUGGAUAUAUAUUAACACUAAUAACAAUCCAAUGUGUUAAAUCAGCAGAUGAAUAUGCUAAUAAUGCAACUGAUGAUGAAGGGGAGGAAGAAGGUAAUUUUGAAGUAACUGAAACUACCGGACAACCUCAACCAAGUCAAUUAUUACCUCAAACAGAACAUGUACAACAACCACAGCCAGUGCAACAAUAUGGUCAGUAUCCCACUUAUCAUUAUGCUCAAUAUCCAGGAUAUUCAACUCAACAACCUCAAUAUUACCAUGGGUACCAACAACCUCAACCUUACUAUUAUCCUGGAUAUCAACAACCUUACUAUUAUCCUGGAUAUCAACCUCAACAUUACUAUUAUCCUGGAUAUCAAGUUACUCAGCCACCGCAGCAACCCGCACCUGUGCAGCCAUAUCAAGUGUAUGGACCGUACCAACCACAGCCAAUACCAACACAACCUCAACCUGUGCCUGUACAGCCUGCAGUAGUGCAGGAACCGUAUCAGGUACCACCUGUAACACAACCAGAAGACGGUACAACUCCAUCUCAAGAAGUAUAUAACAUUCCAGUUAUUGUGAGCGGAAUUAGUAAACCACAAAAGUAUAAAGCAAAACAACCUUCACAUGUAUAUAUUAAGGACACAAAAGUAAAACCAUAUGGAGAAAAAAAAUGUAAUGUAAUCAAAUAUUUUAAAAUAGAUAAUCAAGGGCAAUUAGUUGAAAUGUCUGAAGGUGAUUAUUAUAAGUCAGCUGAUGAUAAUAAUAGAACAAAAUAUAGAUUUAAUUCAAAACUUGAGCAUAUAUGGUGUGAUGGUGAAACUAUUUUUAUGCAUAUACCUGGAACAAAACAUGCUACAUCAUUAACAUAUCACAAACGUAAUAACGUAUAUAUCGUUCGUUUUGAUGAUAGGUUUUUAAUGAUAAAAAAUCAUAAAGGGAAAUGGGUAGUAAAUUCACGCAUAAUUCCGACAUAUGUUAAAAUGUUCAAAGAAGGGAAAGGUAAAAAAUAUGUAGAACUAACUAAUAUGGAUUAUUACGUAAACCUUAGUUUAUCUGGAUAUGUUAAGUUUAUAUUUUCUCCACAUGUAAAAUGUACAAAAGUUACAAUUAAAGGCCAAGUUAUCUGGGAGGAAACUGAAGGUUGUGAUUAUCCAAAAGGAUUGAGUAUAACAUCAGGCAGAAACUUAGUAAUGUAUUUUGUAGGAUACCUCCAAGUGUAUGGAGCAAGAGGGGAUAAAAAAACAUAUAAACUCAUAACUACCAAACAAACCUAUGAAACCAUAGACUAUGAAUAAAAUCAAUCUGAUAUAUAUAAUAAA